UGUUCUCUGCCUCCUAUCUAGCGUCUUUGUUUUUCUAUAGCACAAGAUGGAUAACAUUGGCAAAUUGGCUGCUAUGAAACAACAGCUGAGAGGCGAAAGGCCCAUGCCGGCGACGGCAUUGUCUGAUGACAGCAUUCUGGUGAAGAAAAUAGUGGCUGAGCAUAAACCUGAUGGUCUAGAAUAUGAUGCCAAGCCACUUCUCCAUAUUGUUGAGGAUAUUCUUAGACGUGCCACCUUGAGCACUGAAGGUGUUUCCUCGGGUGCGCUUGCGCAUGUUGACCAGGUCGAAGAUGUGACCCAUCACCCUGGCUACACCAACAUGCUGGAGGCACUUUCUUUCAAGAUUGAUCGAAUUGCUUGUGAGAUUUCGUACAAGUCUCUUGCGGGUGUAGAUGCACACUCUACAGCACUUGCAAUAUUUGAUAUGCUUCAAACAUAUGAGUGGGAUGUGAAGUUGGUGCUGUCUUUGGCUGCUUUUGCUCUGACAUAUGGUGAAUUCUGGCUUCUUGCACACAUGCAUUUAACAAACCAGCUUGCAAGAUCCAUGGCCAUUCUGAAGCAAGUUCCAAACAUCAUGGAGCAUGUAAGCAUGCUGCGACCCCGGUUCGAAGCCCUGAAUGAACUAGUUAAGGUCAUAUUGGAGGUGGCAAGGUGUGUCAUUGAGUUCAAUGGUCUGCCAAGACACUACAUUGCUCAAGACACAACAGCAUACAACAUUGCCUCUAACCAUAUCCCAAUUGCCACCUAUUGGAGCGUCAGGGGUAUCGUCGCCUGCGCAACUCAGAUUACAAGCCUAACUACACUUGGAUUUGAGUUCAUGCAAUCAACUACUGAGGCAUGGGAGCUAUCUACAUUGGCUCACAAGCUUAAGAACAUACUUGAACAUCUAAGGAAGAAUCUGGAUAGCUGCUACAGACAGAUUGAGAAAAGAAUGGACUCUGAAGCUUAUGAAAUGUUGGGCGAAUUAUUCACGACACCCCACAUUGACAACAUGAAGGUUCUCAAGGCUUUGAUUUCUGCGAAGGACGAUACUCUACCUCUAUACGAUGGUGCAACCAAGAAAAGGGUUAGCCUGGAACCCCUGAGAAGGAAGAAUGUGUUACUUCUAAUUUCAGGGUUGGAGUUCUCCCAUGAUGAGCUUCUGAUCCUCGAACAAAUCUAUAAUGAAUCAAGGGCACACACAUCAUCAAGGCUUGAUAAUAGAUAUGAAAAUAGAUAUGAGCUAGUUUGGAUCCCAAUUCUGGACCUGAAUGAAGGUGAAUCAACACAGAGAAAGCAAAGGCAGUUUGAGGAGCUGCAAUUAACCAUGCCAUGGUUCUCUGUUUAUCAUCCUUCGGCGAUAAGCAAGCCGGUGAUCUGGUUCAUCCAGAGGGAAUGGAAGUACAAGAAUAAGCCAAUUCUGGUGGUUCUUGAUCCUCAAGGGAGGGUGGCUUGUCCUAAUGCUAUUCACAUGAUGUGGAUUUGGGGAAGUGCUGCAUUUCCAUUCACAAGCGCUAGAGAAGAAGCUCUGUGGAAGGAAGAGACCUGGAGACUUGAACUGCUUGUGGAUGGUAUUGACUCUGAAAUAUUGAACUGGAUCAAGGAUGAUAAAUUCAUCUUCUUAUAUGGAGGGAAUGACCCUGAUUGGGUUAGAAAAUUCGUGAGGGAAGCUCGCAGGGUUGCGGCGGCAUCACAAAUAAACUUAGAGAUGGUGUAUGUGGGGAAGAGCAACAAAAGCGAGCAAGUGCAGAAAGUGCUAGACACCAUAACUCGUGAGAAGCUUCCAACUCAUAGCUGGCAAGAACACAGCAUGAUAUGGUUCUUCUGGACUCGCUUGGAGAGCAUGCUGUUCUCCAAGAUCCAGCUGAAGCAAGCGGACGACGACUCUGACCUGGUGAUGCAGGAAGUGAAGAGGCUUCUCAGCUAUGACAAGAUGGGCGGCUGGAUUGUUCUCGCAAGAGGAUCUCGCAUCAUAGUGAAUGGACAUGCCACCACAGGAUUGCAGACUCUGAUGGAGUAUGAGGACAUUUGGAGGGUGCAUGCUGAGAGGGAUGGGUUUGAGCCAGGUUUUCGCGAUCACUAUGGGAAGCUCCAUGCAGUGGAUAACCCUUGUUGUAGGUUUGAAUUCUCCCACGCAAUGGGGAGGAUCCCGGAGAAGCUCCGCUGCCCUGAGUGCCGCCGCUACAUGCACAUGCUCACCACGUUCCAGUGCUGCCAUGAUGAAACUGUCGACGAGGCGUUUCUUGUCAGUGCUCUAGCCCCUCCUACCAUUUGAGAUUCAAAUUUCGCAAUAUUAUUCCUUUUGUGUUUCACUUUUGUUGAUGUAAUAAGAUUUCCCUACCUAUACCUAUGCAGGGAGAUAAGACUUCAAUUUUAUUAUGUCAUUGUGUUACAAGUUGCCUCUUGCUAUGCCAUUGGUAUCAACAUGAGACCUUAAACCCACUAAGUAUUUUGUACUAUUCAAUAAAAUUUCA